AUGUCUCUACUCCGUCUCUCCAUACUCGCCAGCGCGUUUCUAGGUCUUGCAGGUGCCGCCUAUCUACAAGGACAUCAUCCAACAUCCACAAACGAGAACAACCAACACUCCCUGCAAGAGAACCGACAAGCUAUCCUCGAGGACUUUUCUCACCUCUUCUACACCGAAAAGCAAGUCGCAGAAGCAUUCAACAAAUACGUGACUGAAAACUACACCCAACAUAACCCGAACAUCUUGGACGGAAGACAGGCUGCCAUUGAAGCCUUGACUCCGUUAUUCUCGACGGAGGGCAUUGUCUUUGAAAUCCACCAGCUUUUUGUGGGCGGUGACUACGGUCUUGUUCAUGUCAAGUCUGUUACGCCAGGGCAGAAUGAUACGGCGGUCAUGGAUAUGUAUCGCUUCGACGGGUUGAAGAUUGUGGAGCACUGGGAUGUAUUGCAGACCAUGACUGCGGGAGUCAAUCCUCAUCCCUUCUUUUAG